GCAGUCAUUCACCUGUCGGUCACCGUGAGACUGGACGGAUACGUUUUUACUUUCAGUUCAGGAAAUUAAAUCUUGUUUUCACACGGGGAUAUUGGACUGUAAAUCCCCACGAGGAUGAAGAUCGACAUUCACAACCACAUUCUGCCAAAGGAGUGGCCAGAUCUGAAACAGAGGUAUGGAUAUGACGGCUUCGUCCAGCUCCAGGAUCACUGUAAGGGAGAGGCUAAAAUGAUGAAGGAUGGCAAGCUUUUUCGAGUUGUCCAAGAAAACUGCUGGGAUGCAAAUGCACGCAUCAGAGACAUGGAUGAGCAUGGUGUGACGGUUCAAGCCCUCUCCACUGUUCCUGUCAUGUUCAGCUACUGGGCUAAACCUCACGACACUCUAGAUCUCUGCAACUUCUUAAACAAUGAUUUGGCCCAGACAGUUCGCAGCCACCCGAAGAGGUUUGUGGGACUGGGUACUCUGCCCAUGCAGGCUCCUGACCUGGCCGUGCUGGAGAUGAAGCGCUGCAUUCAGGAACUGGGCUUUCCUGGAGUGCAGAUCGGCUCACACAUAAACAACUGGGACCUCAAUGCCCCUGAACUCCUGCCUUUUUAUGCUGCGGCUGAGGAGCUGGGAUGCUCCAUAUUUGUCCACCCCUGGGACAUGCAGACAGACGGGAGGAUGGCCAAGUACUGGCUGCCAUGGCUGGUUGGCAUGCCGUCAGAGACCACCAUGGCUAUUUGCUCCAUGAUAUUUGGAGGAAUCUUUGAGAGGUUUCCGAAACUAAAAGUCUGCUUUGCACAUGGAGGCGGAGCUUUCCCAUUCACCAUCGGUCGAAUAGAACACGGCCACAGAGUUCGUCCUGACCUCUGUGCUGUGGACAACGAGGUCAGCCCUCGUAAAUACCUGGGCUCUUUCUACACCGACUCCCUAGUCCACGAUCCUGCUGCCCUCAAUCUGCUUGUUGAUGUUAUUGGAAAAGACCAUGUGAUGUUGGGGUCCGACUACCCGUUCCCUCUGGGGGAGCUGCAGCCUGGCUCACUGAUAGAGUCAAUGCUGGAAUUCGAUGACUCAUUGAAGGACAAAUUACUGUCUGGAAAUGCUUUGGACUUUUUAGGUCUAAAGAGAGAACAAUUUGAGUAAGACUGACGGAGUCUUGAAUGAUUUCAUGUGCACAGUUGAAAGAUGUGAUACCAAUAAUAAUAAAAGAAAUAUUUUGACG